AGUAAAGAGAUAGAAAGAAUGAGCAGUGUAUUCAAAAAUCAGAAUAUAUCGAAAUUGAUGAUGAUUAAACAUAAUCAUCCAUUGGAGCUAUUGGACUUGCCAGAUGAUAUAUUGUUGUACAUCUUUUCAUACCUCGAUGAACAGUCGUUGACACGCGUCAGUCAGAUAUCAAACUUCUUCAACUCUAUAUCGUCCAAUCAUAAUAUAUGGAAGGAAUUGUUCCGCGUCAAGUGGGGCCCGAUGUUCCCCCUGGUGCCCGUCUGCACGAUCAACUGCUGCCACAAGUACUUCUCGGACCCCUACGCCAACCUGGAGCCGAUCAACAUGCUCUUCUCGCUCGCCUUUUACAAGUCGCUGAUGCUGCCCGCCGAGCUCCUGGCCAUCGUCACGUCGUCCUACAGCUUCAAACUGAUGUUCAAGUUCCGCAAGCUGCUGUUCUCCUACUAUACUCCCCUGCUCAACGCGGGUCUCAAGCUGAUGCAAGACACGCUAGCCAUUGGCGCCGACAGCUGGCAGCCUAUUAACGACUCUCUGGCGCGCCCUAGCGUCGCGCGCGUGCCCAACAGCUUCAACUCGCUCAUCGACAAGACGGUGUUGCCGAACCGCACGAUCGCCGUGCUGCACGAGCAGACGCUGGUCGAGCGCACCACCACCACCUACUGCAUCCGUAUCACACGUCUGAUCCCAACGCGCAUCCUCAAGAAGAUGCUGGCGCUGAUCAUCGACUACGAGAAGAUCCCCCUGUGGGACGUAGCCCUGCGACAUUGCACGGGUAUGGUCAUCAAGAGCCCCGAGACCAAUCAGAAGGCGCAGAUUGUUGACGAACCACCCAUCAAGAAGGUCGACCUGCUGCACAAGCAGAUCAUGGGCAACCUGUACAUGACAUACGCUCGCAUGGUCUACACCAACUCGACGGCCAACGAGCACUUCCUUAUGAAUCAAUCGACAAAUGGUGUCAACGACAUCUACACAAGCAGCACAACUACCACCGCCGCCACCAACAACACCAACAGUAACAUUGCCAAUAUCAACAACAACAACUUCAACAAUAACAACAUAAUUAAGGCCAGUCUGAGCAACAAUGGCAUUAUCAACGCGAUGGAGGUGAUCAAGAACAAAUUGGAGCAGCAGCAGUUGAAGCUGCCAGCCAUGCCAUCACCACACGAGCAUGAUGAUGAGGACGACGAGUACGACGACGACGAAUCAUACACCGACUCAUCGGACGACGAUGACGACACGACCGACGAUGUUGCCGAUCAUGAGGACGAGGCCCAUGAGGAGGACCGUGCCCCAUCCAAGCGAAUGCGACGCGUUGACCACAACGCCCACACCGAAGUGCGUCUAAAGGAGCCAAUCUACGUCGUACAGCACAACAUACCAUUCCAUGUAAAGGGCAUGACUACAGAGGUACAACCAUUCCAACUGGAUUGCUUUGGCAGCGGUUUCUUGUUUGAGCCUGUGGAUGAGGUCAAGCUGACAUAUCUGCUGCAGUUGAUAAAGUCGGAAUGGAUGGAGGACGAGGCACAGGAGUUGCUAGAUGAUCUGGCCAUCUCCAGGAGUCGAUCACUCGCCGCACUCAUUUCACAUGCCUACCAACUUUCCAGACAG